AUGUCUACCGACAUCUUUGACUGUGGUCUACAAUUUUACGGUGAAGUCCUUACGUUCGACACCGGACACCCGAAGAAGAAAGCCAUUUCGUCUUUUAAACUUGAAGAGCUUGCACUUGAAGACCGCGAUCCCGUUCCCCCUUAUCCAACUGAACAUGAAGCACUGACGACGAUCAAUGACAUCCUCAACUCUCCCCAAGCCAAGUCAGAACUCCGAACGGCGGUCAGAGAUCUGGGAGACUCUGCAUAUUCGAUAGAAGUAUGCUUCAAGAACAUUGCCGAAGGCCUGCAGAAGGCCCUGAGAGGAGUCACUGCAACGCAAGCGCAAGAUUUGGAGAGAUUCAUCGCGGAAUGGUCCGUUCAUCACAAGACUUACAAUACCCUCCUUUGGGAGUCCCGCCGUGUGGCCGGUCAUGCCCGCGCGACUGCAAAAGAUUUCUCCGACAAUUUCUUGGACCUGAUGGCCGCAACUGAUGUCACACUUGACGAAAAGAAGGAAGAGAUCGAGGCGUAUCGGCAGUACCUGCAGGAAGAUGUGAAGAAGAAGUCCGCAAAUCUUUCCCAGAGCUUUUACGAUCUGCGUGAAGCUGUGAAGCAGUUUCAGGACGAUUUGAUGGGCUUGCUGUCCUCCGGUCAGGCACUGGAGCAAGAAGUCCAAGAGAUAAUGGCGAACAUCGACAAACUUACACGGGAGAUCUCCGAACUCACGAAGAAGGCUUUCCUCAGUUCCAAUUCCAAGGCAGGCCUCAGCAUAGCCGGAGCAGGCGUCCUUGCACUCAGUGUAAUCUGCCCCCCUCUGUUUAAUAAACAACGCGAGGGAAUAGCUUCCGAUGUCCGGGACGUGAACGCGAAAAAAGAGGAGUUGAAGCUGCAGCAAGAGCUACUCGUGGAACGGCAAUGUUCCUUGGAUGGGAUGCGUAAAGCCCACACUAUCCUUGACCCUCUGAAAUCCGACAUGGAGCUGAUCAAGGAAAAACUGGUAGUGUUUGGAAAAAUUUGGCAGCUCAUCCAUGCGGACAUCAAUGCGAUCGAAACUGACCUUACAUCUGCAACGAAAGGUGCUCGUGUCAGAUUGUUCCGCAUCCGACUGAAGACGAUGUCAUCCACAUAUACGGCACUUGCGGACGCUCUUUACGAGUUUGAGACCAAUGUUCAUGUCCAGGAUGUCGCCAUACUCGGUGACUAA